CAGAAUGUUUCAUUUUUAAUUAAAUUAAUUCACAUAUCUAAGUAAAAGAGAAUUUUUGUGAAAAGUGGCACAAAAAACUUCUACAGCAGAAAUGUUAGUUUUGCGUUCUACUCUUAGUGUUACUAAGAUCUUAGACUACACAACCUUUCAUCAAAAAUUAUAUAUCAAUAUCGUACGAGGGUUUUAUAAUGACAGAGGAGCUAUCAGUUUUCUGUUACAAAAUUUACGCACAAAACGUACCAAUCCUGCUAAUAUAGUAUAUAAGGAAAAGAAAAAAAUGGAUGAUACAACCUACACGGACACUAGUCUUGUAUUCUUUUCCACAGAAGUACCUCAAAUGCAUAAUUUUUUUACAUUCCAUACAAAGCAUUGGUUGGAAUACUUGAAAAAAAAAUAUAUAACAUAUGCUCAAAACAGGAUGUAUAAGGAAAACUUGAAGUUGGGUUCUGAUUUGGCAAGUGCCAAGUGCGUCCUAAAACGUGGUGGAAGAGUAAAGUUCUACAAUCAGGAUUGGAUAGAAAUAGAAAAAGGAAAACCUCCUCAAUUACCAACUAUUUAUGAUCCUCAGUUUGUUGUAGAAGCAAUAGACUUAAAAGGAUUUCCUAUACAAUUUGAAACCAUUGAUACCAUAUGCAAUCUUUUCCAACUGCGGUGGAUGAGUCUCAGAGGGUGUAAAACCAUUAAUGAUUGGGCAAUGGACAAAAUAGUUGCAGAGUUCCCAGCUUUAGAAUAUCUGGAUGUAUCAGAAUGCAUAAAUGUGACAGAAAGGGGAUUAGAAGCAUUAUAUAAACUACCAAAUUUGAAGAAAUUAAUAAUAACAAAUUUUUAUCACACUGCAGCAUUUGAAUUGACUUGUGUUAUGCUAGAAGAUAUAAACUCAUAUUUAAAAUGUGAAAUACGAGAACCAGAGAAGAAACUUCUACCAGACGAAUAAAAUGAACAA